CAUUUUGAAUUUUGAAAAUGAAACGCCGCUUCAUUUUUUAAGGCGGUGCAGUCCUGGACAAGUUAUGUAGGAAAUCAAAUAUAGAAUUAGUCCUUACCAAACCCGUAUUUGAUUUCCAUUUUCACUCUCUUUAAAUACCACAUUUACACCAUAACCUCAAACAAAUUCCAAUGCAAAAUCUACUUGUUGAAGAAGAAGAGAAGAAGAAAUUAAGGAGAAUGGGCACAGGGAAGAAGAAGAUUGAGAUUCAGAAAAUCACGAAGCAAACCUCAAGGAUGGCGACGUUCUCGAAAAGACGGAAAGGGCUUUUCAAAAAAGCUAAAGAAUUUGAAUCCAUGACGGGUUCUCGUGUUGCCUCUAUUGUUUUUUCAUCUUCUGGAAGGCCUUAUACCUGCGGAGACGUUAAUUCUGUUAUCCAGAAGCAUUUUUCUGGUAAUAGCAGUAGUAGAUGCACGGAACCAUCAACGUCAGGGCUGAAUUCCCAUCAUUCUAAUUCUGAAGAUGUUGUUGUUGCUUCUGGUGAUUCCUCGGGGUCGAGAUGGUCUUCGACCCCGAGGAAGAACGGUCUCCGCCAUUGGGUGGAGAGUAUAGAUGUUGAAGGAUGUCAAAAUUUGAAUCAACUCCUAAUGUUGAAGCAGCAAUUGGAAGGAACCAGAGAGAAGAUUGCUUCCAUUGAAGAUUCUGAGUCUUUUCAAGCUUUGUUUGCUUAGCAUGUCUUUUAAAAAAUUAGUGGCCUAAAUUUGAAGUUCAGCCCAGGUGGCUAAAUUUGAAAACAUAUAACCAAGUUCAGCCCAGGUGGAUACAUUUGGGUUGAUAAAGAGCUAUGGACCGAGAAUAAGUAAUGGGGUCGGGUUAAUUUAGAAUUUAAAUUUGAGUAAUUGCGAGAAUCCUUUCAUCGAAAGGAUUGUAGUAUUGUGAUUCAAGAAUUACUCGAUUGUUUAAAAUAGCCAAAA